GUACAUCUCUUUACCUCCGCCCUCCUCUGUCUAUUAUAUACUCCGGCCUGUCUGCCACCUAUUCACCAUGGCAGACAAGAAGACUUCCUCAGUAACACCCUCCACCAACCCGCGCGGCAUCCCCGCCGCCCCCUUCGUCGACAAUGUCGCCGACUACGUCUCCUCGCGCAGUGAAGUCGAGCCGACACUGCGCUCCUUCCAAGAGAUGAUCUCGAAGUACCAAUUCAUGGAAGUCAACACGCAGCGGCGGGCCCAAGGCCUGCGCGACAAGAUCCCCGACAUCAAGAAGACGUUGGAGAUGGUGCGGUUCCUGAAACUCAGAAGAGAAAGCGCCUCGGACAAGCCUCUCGAAACGAACUUCGAACUGAACGAUACGUUGUACGCAAGGGCGACGGUCUCCCCCGCCGACACGGAGGAAGUGUAUCUCUGGCUUGGCGCGAAUGUCAUGCUUGCGUACCCGAUUGAGGAGGCUGAGAGCAUGUUGGAUGACAAGUUGUCUGCUGCGGAGAAGAGUCUCGGGAACUGUGAGGAGGAUUUGGAAUUUUUGAGGGAGCAAAUUACGACGCUUGAGGUUGCGACGGCUCGGGUUUAUAAUUGGGAUGUGGUGCAGAGACGGAAAGAAAAGGCGGAGGGUAAAGGAGAUGAUGAAGGGGAGAAGGCCGCUUGAUAUCAUUUUAGAGAGAUAUGAUACUUUUAAUGUACUGUUUUUGUUGUUUCUGGUUCUGUCUCCGACUACCCUUUUGUAUGUAUUUAGUGUCAAAAGCAGGCAUGGAUAUAAAAGUCUACAUGAAAACUGAGAGUAUGAA